GCAAGAUUCUUAGAUGUCUUGCAACUUCUUGUAAAUUUCUGAGAUUGCAUUCUCACCUCACCUACUCAAUGGGAGAACCAAAUAUUUUCUUUUCUUUUUUCUCUUUUUCUUCUCUCGUGGUUGGGUAAAAACAACAAUAAUGAUUUACGUAAGUACCAAUUUCUUUGCACUUUUCAAUUCAAACAGAUGAUGAAAUUGGAAAGGAAUUUCUUGGCUUCUGGAAAUCCAUGUCAAUGCCAGAUGACGAUGCAAUGGACUUUAGCUUUGACACUGUUUCUAAAGGCAAGAAGAAGACAUUGGACUUUGAAAAAAUUUAAGUCUUCCUAACUUCCUAAAGUUAAGAGUUUAGACUAUGCAAAGUGAAGUAUGGAUGGCAAGGGUUCCGUUAUUGGUUUCGUUCUGAAUCUUUCUCUCAGUUCUCUGUUUUAAAGUGUUUUUCGUUUGACAGGUUCAAUAUUUUGCACUUAUACUGUAGAAGGGUGAUAUAAUAAAUUAAAUGUUCAUUAUUUUGAUCUUUUGCAUAUAUGUAGUGAUUGUGAUGUUUUAUAUAAAAGAGAAUUUCAUUUAAGGAACAAAUUACCUGGAUAUACAUAUGUGCUUAUGUAAUGCAAUUUUGACUUGUGAGUUUGUAAUUCCUAAUUUGACGUGUUACAAAUAAUCCUUGGUAGGGACAUGAAUUUUAAUCUGGAUGGUGAAUUCAACAAGAUAUCAUCAUUUAAGUUGGACAUGUCAGAUCUUGAUUUUACAUGCCCAGCCAAGAAGAAUUCCCAGUCUAAGGAUAAGAAAGGAGAAGUUUCUGGUUCACAAGAAGGGAAGCAAGAUGGGUUUAAUUUCAGCUUUGAUUUUAAUGAUUAUUGGCAUAGGUUGGGUAGCUUCAAUUUUGAUUCAAGCUUCAUGAAAGUAGUAACUACCUCCAACAGUAGCCCAAGAAAAAAGGGAGUAACUACAGAAGGAAGUGAUAAAGAAGGUGGUGAAAUGCUUAAAACCAAUGAUGAUGAAGGUGCUCGUGCAUCUAAUGAUAGCACAACUGUGAAAUCCCAUGCAUCAGUGAGGCUGGAAACUUCGAAGGUUGAGACUGUGGUUGGUAGCCCAGGGAAUCUAGUUUCCAAACAGGAUGGUUCUGUUUCCAAAAUUUCAUCCUCUGGGAAUCUUGACAUGCCAAUGGAGAAUCAAACUUUAGAUAUAAAUAAACAUAAAAGUACAGAGGAAAUUGAUCAACAAAGAGACUUACCUGAAAAGUCAAACUUAACAGGAUCAAAAUCUGAGCAGGUUAUCAAUAUGGCAAGUUCUCAGUCAGUAGGUGAGAGUGAUUCAGAACACCACACUAUCUCAGACCAGCAUACAAAUGCUUUUUCAUCUGGAACAAGAGUCAGUAAUGUUUCAGGAGAUAAACAAGUGGUUAACGAUAAGACAACAUAUCAGUUUAAAAAAUGUUUUCUUCUGGAACAAGAGAAAUUAAUGUUUCAGGUGACAUACAAGAGGUUAAUGAUAAGGCAACAAACGUGAAAUCUGAUAGUGUAGACUUACAAUUAGAGCAUUCCUCCCCACAUCACAUCACUAAGUCAGAUAGCAGUGUUGGAGAAGCAAUUACUCUAGGUAGCAGUACCCAAGAAGGAGUUACUAGUGACCCUCAGCCAGAAAAGAGGUAUACAAAUUGUGAAAAUAUUAAUAAAACUGAUGCCUUGAAGAAGAUUUCAUGUGACAAUGGCGACAGAGAAAACAAAAAAACAACUUCAGUGUGUCAUUUGGCUCCCGCAAGCAGUAAACCUGUAGUUGAAAAAAUGAUGCUGAUGAAAGAUAAAAAACUCCAAGAUCUGCAGUCAAAUAUGUUCAGCACACCAGAGGGCAAAAGGUCUUUAAAACAACCUUCAUCCACAAUUGGGACAAAGGGUAGUUCUCUUGGCAACGAAAAAAAUAUUGACAUCCUCCUCGGAUCCAUUACUCAAGCACGGUGUGUUAUGCUUGUGAUAACAGUUAUAGUUAUUGGCCUUUCAAUGGUGGAAUGUUCAUUUAUAUCACUCAACAGGGAGAACUUCAGGUCAAAUGACACAAAACAUGGAAGGAAACUGGUAGGUGAUUCCCUCACAGAUUCCAGCAAAUUAAUGAGGAAUGCAGGAGUUUUGCUUGGUAGUAAAGAUGAUCUUAAAAGUUGUAGCAAUACCAGGGAGGGCAUUGUUUCUGAUGUCUCACCAUGUUCAGGAAAAUUGGCUGGGAAUAAGCAAUCAUUUUUUGAUGAAGUAAAUAAAAGCAAGACCACAUUUCUAGAAAUUGGCAUUUCAACUGAAGAUGUUAGUAUGCUGAGUUCUCAAGUUAAUCUUCCUGCUUAACAGAGAAGACUGCUAUAAUUACUACCCAGAUAUCUGUAAAUUCUCAACCUGAAGCUUCAGGCAAGGAGUUCUCUCAGAUCAAGGAUUUCUUCCAUAGAAGGAAAUAAACUUUCUUCUUUUAAAAAUUGCAAGAUCACUCCUGCCCUUUCAAGCUUAAAAACUUCAAGGAGCUUUGGAGCUAACAGGGUUCUAACAACUGCUUUACACCAAAAAGAAACAAACUCCCUAGUAAGCUCUGGCCAAAGCAUGGACAAAUGGGGUAUUACAACAUCAAAGAAUGACCAUUCUAUUGACAGCAGUGACAAUCAGAAGUCCUCAACCCCAUUUUUGAAGAGGAAAACUAUUGAGGCUUCUGAUGCUGAUUUUACAUUGUUGAGGCCCCUAAAGUGCAUCUCCCAGUCUUCUCCUAGUAAAAGCAGAAGUUCUAAAGAAUCUUCAGAAGAAGUUGUUGGAGAGGUAGAGAGUAUGCCCAACAAUUUACUCUACAAUCAUUCAACCUCUGGACUUAAAAGUUCACCUGUGAUUAAAGUGACGGAAGUGGAAAUACAUGAUCCUUUACUCAUGGAAGAUAAUAACAAUGUUGAAAAGGCUGAAGCGUAUAUUAAAGAACUUGAGGAUAUUUGUAACAUGCUGAAAAAGAAGCAAGAUGAAGCAAAAGAAUUAUUAGUUCAAGCCAUUGUGAACGACAAUAACUUGCUGAUCCUUGACCAUCCCAUUCAUGAAGAAGAAAUUCGAAAGGUACAGAAGUUUGCUUCCCAGUUGAUGCCCAAGGGGAUUCAAACUAGAUCGGCUGAGGUACAGGAAAAAGGAAAAAAAGAAAAAAGAAAAGAAACUAGCUUUUCAUCCAAAGCCUUUUGCAUUUCUUUGAAAAUUCUAGUCAGACUUUCUUCUUGAGAACCAACGAUGAGGUUAACGAAAAUUUGGACUCUAUUGCACAAUGAGUGGCCAAAUUUAAAGAAAAACGAAGUGUAUAAUCCAUGAUUUUCUUCCUCAGACAUGGGUCAGCAGUCCAAUUGCUGAAAAGGGGGAAAGAAUCUCGCAAUUCUUCAGAUAAAAACAGAUUGUUGCUACUAGUUGUUGAAUGUAAAUAUUUUUCUAAAUUCUAAACUAUCGGACUGUAAGGCAUAACUAUGAUUCACAAAUUAACCCAUGAAUUGUUUCAGAAUGGGAGUUAAUCCUUUCAUCAACUCGCAUUCCCGCAAAGAAGGAAACAAAUCACCAAGAAGUAAAUGAGCAACCAUGUAUGACUGUAUGCUAAUUAGCUCUAGAUAAACUUCACAAAAAGACAUGAUUUAAACAGCUAAGCAAGCAUGCAUGUUAAUUAGCUCCAAAAUAAGUUUGACACAUUAGCCAUCAUUAACUGUGGGGACUCUUUCAAAGGUCGAAAGGCAACAGGGUGAGAAAUGGGGAUACUCGAUAAGACUAGCCCUUUUCUUUUUCGUAUACGACAUAGCAGCACACUCAUUAGGCAAAAGAUUGGCACUGGGGAGUUGAAUAAUGUGGUUGAGGAUUGAACACAACCGAUUUGACUCUAAUAGGUCCAAAAUGUAUCUUUUUUAGCACAUUUGUCCAAACAGAGUAUUUGUAUUUAGCUUACAAAAAGGACAAUAAAAGUUUUUGACGAUUAGGAAGUGCUCACAUAGAUACAAAAAUCAAUUGCACGACAGACUCAGACGAGUGUUUUUAUGUCCUUGCCUUCUUGGACUUCCACUUGGAUUACAAUAACAUAAAAUAAUGACUGCGAGCACCUGAUGCCUAUAUAUAUACAUGUUACCUCUUCACUAGGAUAUAAGUAACAAAUCUGUCAAGCAUUUUUCAAAAUCUUGAGAGGUAAAUGGCAAAACUGAGUUUCUGUUUCUGCACCUUACUCCUGUUGCUUUCAUUCUCCUUGUCCGAGACUCGCCCCCUGAGGAAUCAUGAUCCAUUUUCUUCUCAUUCCCACCCUAGCUCCCUCUUCUUUAGUAGUAUCAAGCACUACAUUUAUCCAGGAUCAGAAGGCAGCAGCCUAGCCAAGAAAAGUGUUAAGGUCUCUUACAGCAUUGGGUUCAGAAACAGCAAUGCAACAGGAAGCCAUUACUACCGACCCAAUCGAGUGAGUCCGGGAGGCCCAGAUGCACACCAUCACUUCAAAACAGUGAAUAAUACGCUAAAUUAAUUCUUGAAACUGAGUUUCAGUUAAUUUAGUUCUUCAAAUUUUAAAACUAUCACUUUAGUUAUUGAAAUUAAUCACUGGAGUCUUUGUUUUAAUAAUUUUUUCUAGGAUUUAUUAUUUGUUUGUUUCUAAACCUUCUAAGAUUUCUGUUUUUGGUUUUUAAAUUUUUUUUACUAGUUAAGAUCGCUUAAAGUAUUUUUCGUCCUUAUUUUUAAUCUCUUAAAGUAAGGAUAAAAAAAAAUUAAGCGACUAAAAUCAGUCAAAAAAAAUUAAAAGACUAAAAUAGAAAUCUUAAAAAGUUUAGGGAAAAAAUAGUAAACUUUUUUCUAUAAGCAAAAGAUUUUAUUAAUUUUUUGCUUAUAAAAAAAAAGAAUUAUUAAAACAAAGACUACAGUGAUUAAUUUCAAGAAUUACAAUGACGGUUUUUCAUAAUUUCAAGACUCAUUUGGUGUAUUAUGGUGAAAACAACUAUUAGUGGAGGGCAAGCUAGGGGAGAGAUGUUAGAUCUACUGUGUGUGUUUAAGUUUUGCUAGUAUGAAAUGACGAUUUAUAAUAAUGGAAAUAAAAAAAAUCCUUUCACAAAAUGACAUGAUCGUGUUACUAUGAGAAUAAAAACACAAACAAAAUUAUCAAUAAAAAAUACUCCAUUUAGCACCCUAAGGGUGGCAUGCGAUUCUUGUAAAAUAGGUGGAAGGAUUAUUUUGUUAGACCUUGUACGUUGUAACACGAAUCUCUUUGACUCCAAUAAAUAACAUAGUAGUAUUUCCUUUUGUA